AUGCUCGCCCCGGUGGCGGUGGCCUCCUCGCCUCACGCCGAAGCCAAGCGGGAGCCUGAAGCGAAGCCAGAGCCUUCCGCGGGCACUCGCCAGGGCCUGCGGCCCAAGCCUCGCAGCCCCAGGCUGGGCAAGGUGUUGCGCGGCAAGCGCGACAGGGAGGAGGAGGCCACCGCCACCUUACGCCUCGCCCGCGCGUACGACCCGUUUUCCGCCGAGGCUUCGGUCCUGCCGACUGAUCACCCCGUGGUGGUGCAACUCCGUGCGCGGGAGCGGGCCGGGGGCAGCGGCAGGCUGAAGGCGGGGGGUUGCCUGAGCGAUGCGCACGGUUGUUCGCGCAAGAGUGGCUGUGGCAGGGCUGGGGCCCAGCGUAAGGGCCUUGACGGUGCGAGCUACCCGAGGACACGCCGAGGACGCCGCCGUCAAGCAACGGCGGCGGCGGCGGCGGCGGCGGCGGGGGAAGCCUUGAUCAAGGCGGAAGAACCGACUGCGGCGACGAAACCGGGCGCACCCGAGGCAGCGUCGGACACGUCGUCAUUGGACCGGACAGCAAAGCGCCCGGCUCGGCCCCGGCGUCUAGCCAUGCCCCCUGCCGACUCCGCGACUGGCCUAGGCGGCGGGGGCGGCGCCAGAGUCGAGGAGGCCGGGGGGAGGAAGUGCCAGCAGCAGCUGCGCAGCGGGCUCCUGAUCCGAGCGGCCCACGCGGGAGAGGAGUCGGAGGAUGGCCUGGACUCGCCGAAACUGGAACAGUACCCGCAGAAGGAGACGAACGUCGGGGAAGACCACCAGGCGGACAUCCCCAGCAUGCUGCUGACGGAGGCCGAGCGCGCGGCGGACAAGGCGGCGAUGGAGGAGACCGCGGAGAUGGGAGGGACGGCCGUGUGGAGCAGCGUGAGGGAUUGGACGGCGAGCGAGAGGGAGCGCCUGGACGGGUACCUCGAGGAGGCCAGGCGUGCCGCGGACGAGAAGAGGAUGUCGCCGGGUGUGCCGGCGCUGAUCAGCAUCAACAACGGGGGCGACAGGCGGCGGAAGCGCAAGAUGGCGUGGGCGGUCAUGGCCGGAGGGAAGCCCGAGGACGAGGAGAAGCUGCGCGUCGGCUGCGCGGGGGGCGGUGUCUCGGAGGUGUCGCGGAGGGAGCUCCAGCCCACCCAGGUUGAGGAGCUGGCCAUGCAGGCCCUUAUGCAGGAGGAUGCAGGCAACAAGAAAGGAAAGGGCAGCCUCAUGGACAACACGCGCACCGCCCUCGGCCUUCUCGACAACACCAUGGUCGACGACUCGGGCCCCCUGGCCACCUGGACGGGACCGCAGAUCGAAGCCCUCUCGAAAGCUCUGGAGACUCACUUUGAUGCAGACCGCUUUACUCGUUCGAGAGGGCACGAGCGACAUCGCGACGAACACACCGACGUCACCUCUUUGAUCGCUUCUGUCGACGGAAAGACGCCGUCACAGGUUCUGUCGUUCUACUACCGGUACAUGGCCACCGGAGACGCGCUGACGGAAGUCAUGGGAAGCGCUGAGGCGCAAGCCAAGGUUCGUUCGGAGAGGAGGUCCGCGAGCCUCCGCGGCCCGCCCGCCCCGCGCCCGAGCCCGCCUCCCAACCUCCGGCACCGCCCGUCGCUGCGGUGCCCCACCCGCCUCCAGGCGUCGUCGUUCGAAGACUCGGGCGACAGCGACGACGGCGACAUAGCCGUCGGCUCGUACCAGCUCCGGACGCGGAGGUCGAGCAGGAACGACAGGCCGCCGGCGGGAUGGGCCCAGGGCGGCCGGGGGGGGGUGGCAGCGGCAGCGGCGGAGGCGUUCGGAGGGGGCGAAGAAGGGAGGGGGUGCAAGAGGUCUUUCGACGACCACCGGGCUCCGCCGGGCGACGCUAGGGGGGGGGCGAAGGAGCAGCGGGUGCCGCAGCGGCCGCGUUGGCAGCAGGAGGUCCCUCGGCAGUCGAUCCCUGCGGACGCUGUCGUAGUGGAGCUGUGCAGCAGAUCGUUGGCGAGUCCUUCCAUGCUGAGGAGCCGGUAG